AUGACAGACGCCCGCAAGUACAGACGCCCGCAAGUACAGGCGCCCGCAACCCCAUCACCCCAGCCUCACCCAGCGGCUCCCUGCACCCAGCCCCAUCACCCCGGCAGCCCCCCCAUCACCCGGCGGCUCCUUACUGCACCCCUGGCCCAUCACCCAGCCCCUGCUAUUUAUCACCCACUCACCCCACGGCGGCUCCUUACCCCAGCCCAUCACCCAGCGGCUCCUUACCAUCCCCGGCCCCAUCACCCGGCGGCUCCUUACCCAUCCCAGCCCCAUCACCCACGGCACUCACAUCGCCCCAUCACCCGGCGGCUCUUACUGCACCCUGGCCCCAUCACCCACGGCGGCUCCUUGCACCUGGCCCAUCCCGGCGCCCUGCACCCCGGCCCCAUCACCCCGGCGGCUCCCUGCCCCCCUCAUCACCACGGCGGCUCCUUACUGCACCAGCCCCAUCACCCGGCGGCUCCUUACUGCCCCGGCCCCAUCACCCACGGCGGCUCCCUGCACCCCGGCCCCAUCACCCGGCGGCUCCUGCGCCCCGGCUCCAUCACCCGGCGGCUCCUUACGCACACCCCAGCCAUCUUACACCCCGGCCCAUCACCACGGCGGCUCCUUGCACCCCCGACCCCAUCACCCCCGGCGGCUCCUUACUACCGGCCCCCACCCCACGGCGGCUCUUACUGCACCCCGGCCCAUCACCCCGGUGCCCCCGCCUCACCCACGGCGGCUCCUUACUGCACCCCCGGCCCCAUCACCCACGGCGGCUCCUUACUGCACCCCCGGCCUCAUCAUCCCACGGCGGCUCCUUACUGCCCCGGCCCCAUCACCCCGGCGGCUCCUUACUACACCCCCGGCCCAUCACCCCACGGCGGCUCCUUACUGGUCCCAUCACCCCACGGCGGCUCCUUACUGCGCCCCUGGCCCCUCACUAGU